GCGAUUUGAGAACACCUCGUUGCACACAUCGUUUUCUGAGGACACGGAGAAGCACGGAGCGGGAAUAGAUCUGCGCACGCACACCUAUAACUUUUUUUUUCCAAUCCGUCACAUCCCUCAGUCAUAUAGAAUUCUCAUACACGCAUUGGUCAUCUGCUGAUACACUGACAAAGACACAGCACUGAUUCUGCUGUUGCUCGUGGCUGUCCAUUCCUUCCGAAGGGGUCCAGUGAUUCUUCGCCUGUUCACGCGCGUCCGACACAGCAAACUAAUUCCUUCGGAGAUUCGUAGAGGAAAAGGCAUCGUUUAUCUCUGCUCUGUUAGUUAUUUGUUAUCGUCUUUCCGCGGAAAGCGUACGUUAAUGGACUCCGCAAUUUCACCUCCGCCAGAGCAGUGGCAGGGGCAGGGGGGCGACGAUGACGACCACGUCUCCCCCUCGCUAGAGCAGGAGGAGGAGCACUCCCGGCAGCCGCCACCGCUGCCCAGCUCAGUGGACGAAACCGAAGCAUCCCUGUUGCCGGCCUUCUCUCCUGCAUUCACCGUCGAGGACUCGGACAUCUGCGCUCGGGUCACCAACGCCGCCGUGGAGGACUCGGACGUUGUCCUUGUUUACGAGACGGUGCAACUUUCGUCGCACGACGCCGCGCUGGACGCCGUUGCGGCGUCGGAGCCCGUGCUGUUGGGGGGCGGGGAGACAUCGCAAGACCUGCUGCUGGCGCCCCGGAUGGCGGGGGCCACGCCCUCCAGCAACGCUAACCUGCUCGAUACAGAAGGUGAAGUCGUCGUUGUAAUGACCGGCAACGAGGACGCCGGUGGUGACGACGCUGAUGGGACUCGGGGGGCAGCUAUUCAAGACAAGUACAGCGCCACAUCUCAAUGGGUGGAAAGUCUGCCGCUCACCGCAACGCCCUCGUUGGCGGAUGAGGCAAACGCCGCUGUGGAUGACGCAUCUGGCGCUGUUGUGCGCAGCCGUCGCGGCAAGCGUGUGCGAGACGUCAAUGAUGCACUGCCAAGCACCUCUGACAUGAGUGUCGGUGGUGGUACACUACGUCAACGCCGGGCACACGAAAAGGCCGCCGAGGCAGAGCUGCAAAUUGCCUUCCAGCAUUCCCAGCGCGCAUUGCGGAAGCAAGCGAAGUCGGUCAACAUGCGAGACGUCUUCUCGCGUUCCACCACGCUACCGUCUCCCCUGCCGCUUUCCAACGUGAACGCGAAUUCAUCUUCGGCCUUUCCUGCGUCGCCGUUGAUCGCAGACGGCAGCAGCAACAGCGUGCGCACGGCGGGCGGGGGCGUCUUUUCUCCCCUGUCCUUUUCCUCCUUUCGCUUUGGCACGUCCGUCAUUUCCCCAGCGGGGGCCACGUCGCCCACCACGCCAUCCAGCAGCAGCGCGUGGUCGCCGUGCGUCGUUGGAGAGCUGACGAACCAAUUUCUCGCCAACGUGCAGCACCAGCGACGGCAGAAGUUUGAGCAGUUCGUCUCACGCGAGCUGACGCAGUCGCAGACGUUGAGCCAGACACGCAGCUUCCACCCGCACCCACACGGCGAGGACAGGGAGGAGGAGAUACUGCACCGGCAAACAGCAGGACAGGGCGGUGAAACGGCGGCCACCAACGGCUUCUCGGCACCGGUGGAUGAGCUGGUGAUUGGCGACGAUGACAACGAAGCGGCGAACUGGAUGCCGGCGGAGGUGGCGUCGCCAGCCUUGCUGCAUGGGCGACGAGUGGGGCACGAUAGGCACGCGAACGACGAAGUUGUUCUUCUCGGCGCCAGCUCCGUUGGAGAAGAGGGGCGGUACACCACGUCGCCGAGCACGUCUGCGUCGGACAUUUGCCAAGCUGAAGAUGCUGUGUCGCAGCAGCAGCAGCAGCAACAAGUAGUGCAGUCGCUAGCGCGCAAGCACGAGAUCUGGAAGCUGAAGCAGCGUCAGCUAAAGGCACAGCAGCAGGUCGAGCUCGACGAGCGCGCCAAAACAAAGCAGCAGCAGAGUUCCGCGGCGUCCUCUUCGAAGCUGUUGACUGCGGCGUCUUCUCUCACCAUCUCCAGCACCUCGCACACACACACAGGGGAAGUGGGGACGGGCAAGGAGGUUGCGUUCGGCGGUGCAUCCUUGUCCUCCUCCGCCACCGCCACAUAUCAGAGCUUCUUCCGUACCUCACAGAUCACCUCGCCCAGCACUGUCACCUCCAGGACUCAGCACAAAACGAACCUCUCCGCGGAUGCCAUUUCCAUGAUUCGCCGCAUCAACAGCUUCGACAACACGUCCACAAAGCGCGUUGUCGUGUUUGGCACCGCAGCGUCUGCUAAGCAGGCCAAAGAGGAAGACACACAGUAG